GAUCGCAGCAUGCAUACGGUCCGGGCAGGGGUGUGGGAACCCCAGCCCCCGUCUAAAUAUGUCUCGCCCCUUCCUCCACCACCCUCGUCCAACUUACGCCUUGCCCAUGUGACCACAGCCUCUCCGGCCAAGCGGAUCACCUUCUACAAAAGCGGCGACAGCCAGUUCGGGGGCGUCAGGAUGGCAGUCCACAAGCGCAGCUUCAAAUGCUUUGACGCCCUGCUGGACGACCUUUCCCAAAAGGUGCCCCUGCCCUUUGGCGUGCGGACUGUGACCACUCCCCGCGGCAUCCACGCCAUCAAACACCUGGAGCAGCUCCAGGACGGCGGCUGCUACCUCUGCUCUGACCGUCGCCAGGCUAAGCCAGUCAACAUGGAGCUGUCCAGCAAACGCCCAGGCAUCUGGUACCAUCACAGCCGUAGGCCCCAGCGGCCCGAAACCUCGUCCGCAGCACCGCCCGGCCAUUUGCCUUACAGGCAGCGACGGAUCCUGCUGGUGAAGAACAGCGAACCUGGGAUGAGGAGGAGCGUGGUGCUGAGCAGGAGGUCGACCCGGAGCCUGCGGGCCUUUCUUGAUGAGGUGUCUGAGGUGAUGCAGUUUCACGUACGCAAGCUGUACACUGCAGAGGGACGCAGGAUUGACAGCGUGCAAAGCCUGGUGGCUUGUCCUGGUGUGUUGGUGUGUGUCGGCCGGGAAGCCUUCAGCCCAUUGCUGGUAAACUUCAUCAGCAAGAGCUCAGAGGAAAAACUGCCUGGUCUGAGCAGCCGGUCCCCAGGCCUUGGCCCCAGGACUCCUGGAAACGGGGCCCGAUCUCCUGCUGUUCAAGGACCAAGAUCCCCACCUCACGGAGCUCAGUCCAGAGCCAGCGAAUACAAUGAAGGGCAUGAAAGCAAGAAAAAUGUUAACUUUGGUCUAGAAACCAAAAAAAGCAUCAUCCACCCUCGUUCAGAUUCCUCAAACCGCUCCACCCGUUUCUCCUUGUCUUCAGAGAAGUCAUACGGCAAUGGUGUCAGCACCUACUCCCAGGCCAGGCCGGCUAUUAUGAACGAGGACAUUGAAAAGCGUGUCCUGGUCAAUAAAGAUGGCAGCCUCUCAGUAGAGAUGAGGGUGCGUUUUCGCCUACAAAAUGACGAGACCCUCCAGUGGUCUACCCAAAUCAAAAAAUCCCCAUCGCUGACCAAUGAAUGUUGCCCCCUGAGCCAGGCUCAGCCCAGUUACCUGCAGCAGGGUCAGUCAGAGAGCUGCUCUGACCCUGAUUCCACAUCCUUUGACCCUGAGUGUGUGGAUUAUUCCAACCAACCGCUGCAGUGUUCAUUGGAGGGGAACAGCUGCCCCUGCUGUUACCAGAGACAGGAACAGAAGUAUGACUUGUGGGAAAACCCAGUACACAGCUACAAACGCCCUCCUGUCCCUCCCCCACGUGCACCCAGCCACACCCACACUAUGACGAGACACACACACUCAUCAAGCUCAUCUUCAUCAUGUAAUUCGAGGAGGGUGGUGCGCUGUCGAGCACAGCUCUCCAGCUGCGGAGGGGGCUCAGGUUCAGAGCAGAGCCAACUUGUCCAAGAGGAGAUGUGUGUGACACAGCAGGUUGAGCGCAGGGUAGAGGUGGAGCAGGAUGGAGACACCCACGUAGAGGUGUGCAAGGUGAGCCGAUGCUGCAGCCGCAACCUACGACCACUUAGCCGGAAGUCAGUGGAGGAUGAGCUACUGAUGGAGGAACAGGGGGAGCGUCCUUUUUCUACAGUCAGCAGCUCCUCACGUGUCCUGCAAUCGCUGAAGGAGGACCUGGAUGAUGACCUGCCCCCCAGCGCCUCACAGUGCUGCCAUAGCAAUGAACCAUCCCCGUCCCCAUCCUUCGUGACAGACCUGAAUGACGAACCAGCGAGCAGCGUCUUGGCAGGUUCCAUCCACUCUACCGACCACAAGGAGGGGGAAGAGAGAGGAAGCAGGGCGGUAUCUGCAGCCUCUUCCUGUCACUGUGGAGCAGCUGAAGCAGAGGAGAUGGAUCAGGCUUCCAGCUCCAUGUCUAAAAGGAGCAGGUUAUCUUGCAGGUCCAGCAAAGCCAAGAUCCCAAACUCAGAGGAAGAGGCAGUUGCAGAUGAUGAGGACGAAGAGCUAAAGAGGGUUGCAAGUGGCUUGUCUGGUCACACAGGACUUUCUGCAGGCUCUCUGCAGUCAGGGCCAUCCAGUGUAUGUCCUAACUGUGGAGGCUGCAAACGUCCGGUCGACUCUGUGUCCAAUAGCAGAGCAUCACAGAGGUCCCAUCAUUCCCCCCGAGCCUCUCCAAAGCCUGCCACACCUCUCUCCAACCAAGAGAAUGCCGAUAACAACAGUGAUGAUGACGGCUCAGAUGUUUCGGCUGUGUCAACGCAAUCCAACAAGACCAACCUCUCCAAACACGGGCGCUUUUCUGCAAUGUCAGAUGUCCCGGAGGGCCGAGCAUCUAGUGCCAUGUCCACGACGUCCAAUCCUGAGGCAACAGGAAAAGGGGAAGAAAGGGCUCCUAGCGCCGCCUCAGCCACAAGCCACAGGUCCAAUAGAUCACACAAGUCUGGCUGUAAUGAGGAGGAGAGGAGCCCCAGUGCCAUUUCGGCUCAGUCCAACCUGUCUGCCAAGUCAAGGAAGUCUCACAAGUCUAAGUGCAGCAGCACAGCAGAAGUCAGGACAAGACAGGAAGCAGAGGGAGAGAAUGCUGUAGAGAGAGCACUUAGCUCCUUGUCAGCCAAAUCUGGUGCGUCGGUCAAGUUAAGUAUACAGUUUGCCUCCCCGACUGAUUGUGAAGAGGAUGACACAAACCAAAGAACUCUCAGCGCCCUCUCUGUUAAGUCUAAUGCUUCUGUCAAACCUGACAAGGCAGAAAGACCUGAAAGUGUCCUGUCUGCUAAAUCAGCUAAAUCAACUCAAUCGAAUGUGUCAGCAAAGUCCGGCACAUCUCGCAGGUCCACUUGCAGUCAUUGUGUGAGAGCAGUAUCUCCAGGUGAUAAGGCAGCAGGUGAACCCGUUAUCGAAGCAACAGGACUGGAAGAAGGAACGCAGGCAGAGGCGAGAACAGCCAGUGCUAUGUCAGCCAAGUCCAAUCUAUCUGCCAAGUCUCAUAAAUCCCAUAAGUCCACCAAAGCUGCAGAAAGGUCACUUUCUCCCAGGUUGGAAACUGGAGGAGAUGGAGAAGAAAGUAAAGCGAGUCAAAUGUCAGUUAAAUCUAACUUGUCUGUUAAGUUUUCAAAGUCAUGCAAGUCUAACUGUCAUGUCAAUGAAACUGCAGAAUCUCCAAUAUUAGGGGCAGCUGAAGUAAAAGAAAAUGAGAUGGCAGAAGAGGAAACACAGCAGAGGCCUGAAAGUGUAACUAAAUUGGAAAAUAAAGAGAGGGCAGCCAGUGCAGGGUCCUCUAAAUCUCAUAAAUCCGCCUGUAAUGAGAGCGCAGGAGCAAGUUCUGAGACAGAAGACAAUACAGGAGGCGGUGAAAAGGCUGAAGACCGGGCUGCUAGUGCUUUAUCCGGUAAAUCAGCUUCCUCUGCAAAGUCUCAGCACCCAGAUUGUGACGCAUGUUCAAGAGUGGCCUCUCCAGCUGAAGGCACAGGGAAGACAGAGGUGGACAGCAUGGAGGACAGAACCCACAGCGCCCUGUCAGGGAAAUCGCAUACCUCUGCCAAGUCUUCAAAAUCUCAGAAGUCAAACCGCACAGUGGCAUCACCAAAUGAAGAAGAGAAGCAAAAUGAAAAUCAAGAGAGCGUGUCUAGUGCCAUGUCUGUAAAGUCAAAAUCUUCAGUGAGGUCCAGCACUUCUCACAAGUCAAACUCGAGCAAGAAUCUCAAAUCGGUGUCACCAAGUCCAAAUGCUAUCACCAUUAAAACAUCAGAAGGGGUCGAUGAGGAAGAAAAUGAGACAACAGUGAGGGCACCGAGUGCUGCAUCAGCAAAGUCAGGGAAAUCUAAAGUUUCAUCUGCUUCAUCCAAUCAUAACAAAACAGCUGAUAUUGCUGUUAUUGAAACAGUAGAUGCAGAUGAAAAGGUUGAGGAAGACAACGCACCAAGAAGUAAAUCUUCUGAACAAUCUGGCCAAAUGCUUGCACGCAAAAGCACGCGUUCCCCACGGACCCAUUCACCCAAAGCUCCAGCUGUAUCCCCCAGCGGUGCCUUGUCAGUUCACUCCACAACCCCUGCUAAAUCUGGCAGAUUGAAAUGCUGCUGCGGAGCAGCUUCAGCACUUGAAAGGGCAAAAAAGGAAAAGGAGGGUGAGGAUAAGGAGGUGGAGAAAAAGGAAGAUAACGACGAGCUGAAAAGUGAGGAGGCUUCAGAGCGGCCUGCCAGCAUCCUGUCGUCCUCAACCAAAAGACACAGGAGAGAAUCAGGAGGCACGGAGCAACCGCUAAGUCGAAAUUCAUCGGGGUCAGUCUCUCUGGGGUUGCCAGAUGACCAAGAAACACCUGACUCAGACAGUGGCAAGUCUGGUGUUUCGUUUCACAUAAACACUGACCGUAGGAGCAGAGUGAAUACAGCAAAUCUUGAUGUCCCCAAAAACAUAGAGCAGUCCGCUAUGGAUGAAGACGAGGAGGGAACAGGGUCCAGCUGUAAUGGAAGUAAAAGCACUUUAUCUCAAAAUCCUCCAGCCAUUGAUAUCCCUACUAUUGAAACCACAGCGGGGAGUGAGGAUAAAAGUGAAGAAGGUGGAGAACUAAAAACAAAAAGAGCGGCCAGUACAUUUUCAGCCAAAAGCAGCAGGUCUCACAAGUCUUCUUGUAACUGCAGUGUCAAAGCAGCAGCUCAGCUGCUCGACAAUAAGUCCAAAGAACAACAUACUAGUGCUAGCUCGACAAAAGCUAGUAAUCUGGACGCCCCGGUCAACAGGACCUCAUCUGCAAUGUCAUCACCAAGUGCUAAAGUUCGGAGCAAAUCCCCUGCAAGUGCCAGCUCUAAAAAUGCCAAUGUAGGAGAAGUAACUGUUGAGGAUUCAGCAAAUAACUACACCGAAAACCAGGCUGCCAGAAGACCAGCUAGUAAGGCCAAAGGGAAAGAUGAUAUUGCAGACAACAAGGUAGACAGUGUCCUCUCCAAGAGUCCCUGUUGUCUCAAGCCUGAGUCGGCAGCUUCGGCUCACUCAGGCUCAAAGGAGAGCAAAGGCGGGAAGGCCAAAUCCAGUGGCAGUGUCAAGACAUCGAAUUCUCAAAAGAAAGAAACGCCUAUCAAAUCCCCAAGCCCCUGUUCUUUACACAGCUCCAGACCAGGUAGCAAAAUGGAAACGGACAGUCAGAGCACCCUGUUUCACUCCCUGUCCGCUGCUGACCUGCUGAAGGAAACCAUGGCUGCUGCGCGUCCACCCAGCCAACAGACGACGGCCAGCAAAACCAGCGACAAGCCAAGGAGCGAGAAAAGUGGGAGGCAUCAGAGGAGGAACAGGAACCAGGCGGAUCUGGAGGAGGUGCUGGACUUGACACCUGCCUUUCUGCCCAACGCUUCCCCUAAUGAGGUGGUCAGUGACUGGCUGCGGAGCAUUCCCACUGACAGCAGCAUGCUCGCACUUGGUGAUGAGCUGAAUGACGAAGAGGAGGGGCAGGAGAAGGUGGCGGAGGAGAGACAUGUUGAUGAGGGGAACGAGGAAGAGGUGGAGCAGGAGGGGGUGGUGGAAGACAAACUUGGUGAGGAGCUGAACGAGGAAGAGGUGGAGCAGGAGGGGGUGGUGGAAGACAAACCUGCAGAAGAGGAGGAAGUUGAGGCUGAAGAGGAAGAAGAGAAAGAGGAGCAAGCUGAAUGUGAUGCAGCAGAGGAGGAGAAGAGUUCAGAUCCAGCUCCGGUUAAGGCAGUGGGGGCUUCUUCCCGCCCCAGCGCUCUGUUGUUGAGCGGCGAGUCUCUGCCCAGGAACUGGCAGUCUUCAGCUGCGGUGAUGAAAGUUCUUCUGAGCUCUUCUCUGGGUCGAUGUCAGAGCAUGCCUGAGGUGUCUCCAGUUUAUGGUCGUAGACUGAGCACAUCAGCUAGGGGGCUCCUGGACUGUUUGGCUCAGCUCCAGCUCAUUGACCCUGCAGUGAGCCCAUGCUGUGAGCAGCAGAAGGACCGCAACCAGCAGUAUGAGGACAUUAUGACCAUCCUUCAAUCCCUCUGGCUCACUGAACCCAAGGACAUUGAGGCCACUGAGGUCAAGGAUAUUGGCAAAGAUCAGGUGACUCCACCGAGGUCCUCAUCUGGGGUGGAUAUGAGCACUGGCUCCGGCGGAUCAGGGAAGGAGGAUGGAAAUAAAGGUGGAGAUGAGACGACGCAAAACAAAACAAAAGAGACAGACUCUUUACAUGAGGAUGAGGGGGCGGAGAAGGUUGUAGAAGAGGAGGAGGAAGGAAAUGCAGAGGCACAACACAAGGAAACUAAGUCAGAACCAGAGGAGAUAUCGACAGAGCAAGCUAAGACAGACAUAGCAGAGGAGCUGGUACAGAGUGAAGAACAAAGUACAGUCCCUCCAAGUCUGGACAGCCCAAAAGCCUCUGACAAUCCCUCAUCAUCAGACAAGAGCUCUGCUAAUGACAGCUCAAAAUCCCCCACUGAUAACGAGACGCUGGAGGACUCCAGCUCAGGCACGCCCCCGACUGUCCUGCGAGCACCUUUGUCAAAAAGACCAUCCCAAGACCCUGAUCCGAGGUGGGUCCUGCACCUCCUGAAGAAGCUGGAGAAACAGUUCAUGAACCACUACAUUAACGCCAUGGCGGAGUUCAAAGUUCGUUGGGACCUGGACGACAGCCUCAUCCUGGACACCAUGAUAUCUGAGCUGAGGGAAGAGGUGAGCCGUCGCAUCCAGAGCAGCAUUGAACGCGAGAUGAGGAAGAUUCAGGGUCGUGCCGGCAGAGGUGGCAGGUCGCCCCGGCCGCCGCAAGGUGGGAACCUCUCCAGGGAGUCCACCAUGACAGACAGAAGGCGUCAAAUGUUGAAGAUCAUGAAGAAUCAGUCGGUGAAAACUGGAGACUCCCUCAGCGAUGGUGAGAUGACGGGUGAGUUCAGCGACCAGCGAAGCGAUGAUGAGUAUUGCCCCUGUGACGCUUGUGUCCGCAAGAAAAUGGCCGCCCGGCCGCUCAAAACAAACCCGAUGGCAGCCGAGGCACCGGUGAUGAUGGAGUUCGACCUCCUGAAGAUACUGCAGCUAAAGAAAAGCCCAUCACCUGUGCCUGCAGACGUGCCACAACCUGCAAAGGGGGAAGAUGAUACCGUGGUUGUAGAUGAGCAGGGGAGGAAUUUAGAGGUUCUGCAGGAGGAAGAGGAGGAGGAUGAAACUAAAGAGGAUAUCAAAGCUGAUGAAAUAGGAGAAGAAGUAGAAGGGGGAGAGGCAGGAGAAGAGGAGGAAGUAGGAGCAGAAAAUGAGGGAAAUAGGUUGGGCGAUGAGGAGCAGGAAGAGGAAGAAGCAGGUGGUGAGGAAGCUGAGGUGGUAGAGACAUCCGAAAAUGGAGAGAAGGAGGGAGAGGAGGAGACGGAAUGCCAGUGCCAGUGUGCCAGACAUGAGGAGGAGAGCGACAAAGCAGAAGAGUCAGAGGAGGGAACAGGAGAGAACGCAGAGAAUGAAGGGGAGACAGGGGACAAUGAUGGAGAGGAGGAGUGUGCAGAGGUGGAAGAGUUUGAGGAAGAAGAAGAAACGACAGGCAGGGAAAGCGGAGAAGAAGAGGCAACUGGGGAAACGGAGGACGACGGGGCUGCAAGAAAUGAGGCAAACGAAGAAUCCACGGCGGUGGAGGAGUUUGUGGAGGGAAAUGUCAGCGCUUCGGCUGAAGCGGGGGAUGAAGACGAUGGGGACGACGGCACCGGGGAGGGGGAGUCCCAUGAAGACGAAAAGGGAGGAGAGAGUGAAGAACCGCAAGGGGAGGCAUCAGAGGAAGAAAGAGCCUCACUACAGGGUCAGGGGGUGACAGAGGGAGAGGAGGCCGACGCCGAAGACUCAGACACUGACAAACGUCCAAGUGACACCAGUGCGGACGAAUCUGGACGUGAGGGGGCUGGAGCCACAGGAGACGAGGAGGAGAAACAGGGCGCAGGAGAUGGAGAUGAGGUUGUGGAAGAUGCUGUUGAAGAGUUCAAGCCUGAGGAAGAGGAGGAGGGAGCGGUUAAGAGAAACAGCAGGGAGGAUGGCGCUCUCCUCCAUCAGUUCACCAGGACCUCGGUGGAGUCCCAGCCCGGCUCCUUGGAGGAAAUUAACACAGAUUCACCUCAAAACCCUGUAAACUCCACAGAAGUGCCCAAAAUGGCUGCUGAUGUAUCCACUGGUGGUGGUACGGGCCAGAGGAGGAGCCGGUCGCCGGCCAGGGUCAAACGGCGCAAACCCAAAGAGAGUGACGUGGAACUGGAUCACUCUUAACUCGCACAGAAACAAAACCUUAUGAUGCACAGACUUCAGAAGGUUCCCAUAAACCCUUGCUCUGUCUGUGACUACACGGGUAGAUUUAUGUAGGUUAAAAAAAGCUGUUACUGAAAACAAAGACUCAAACACUUGAAGCACUUUAUCACUCCAGAUCCAGUGUAGGAGGAGUCACAGUGAAUAACAUGUAGAAACUUGAAACCACAUCCUUAUCCUACUUAAUUAUAUGAAUUAUAUUUGUAAUGGUUAUUUAUAUAUUUUUUAAGUUAAUUGUAUGAAUGACGAUAUAUGACUAUUUCUGUACUGUAUGUGUAUGAAUCAGGUAUAUUUUUGAAAACAAAACAACUGACACCUAUGAGUGUAUUAUGUAAACUCAGUUUUGUGUUCAGUGGACCACAGGUUUAAUGAUGUAUUGAAUCAUAGAGCCAUUAAGUUAACAAGUACCUCAGAGAUAUGUUAGAUGUUAAUUGACUGUUCCAGUAGUGUUCGCCAGAACCGGUGUGUUGAUACUUGGUUUAUGUAUUAGGUCAAUUCUCAAUAAGUUGAUGCUGUAUUCUCAGGGGUUUGGACAGCCACUUUGCUCUUGAAAGGUAAUCUCCUAGCCGUUACUUAACUACCUACUUAAAUCUGUAGUCUGUAAAGAAGACCUCUGUUUAUAAUUGUACUCGAGCUCUGUGAUGUAACCUGAUUAACUUAAAGGAAUAGUUCAACAUUGUUGGUUUCUUGUCGAAGAGUUAGGUGAGAAGAUUGAUGCCUCUCUCUGCACCCUUAAUUUGAAACUGAAGCCAGGCGACACUGUGCAUAGCUUAUUUUAGCUCAAAGACUAAAAGCAGGAGGAAAAAAACUAGCCUGGCCAUGUCCAAAGGUCCAAAUGGAAUGAAAUCUCUACCUCUACCAACACCUUUAAAGCUCACUAAUUAAUAUGUUGUAUAUGGUUUGUUUGAUUUGUACAAAAACAAAAAUGUAAAAAUGAGUUGUGGUGUAUGGAGAGUUAUGUGAUAGGCUAUAUCUUAGUCAUUUUCGUGACAUUGCCAGGCCAGAUGCAAGGUAUUAAUUUAUUAACUUUAAGUUGUAGUUAUUUAACCUCUGGACAGGCCCAUUCCCAUUAUUUAUGUCAGCUAAGCUAAGCUAAUCGACUCCUGGCUGUAGUUUCAUUUUUAGCAUAUAGAGAUAUCUAAGACAAGAUUGAUCUCACUCACUGCAAGAAAGUGAAUUACCAUAUUUCCCAAAAUGUUGAGCCAUUCAUUUAAGUACCUUUUGGAUUACUUUCUACUUCAAAUUACAAACAGUAUUUUUGUAGCUUUAUUGUAUUAUGUUUAAACUUUUGAAUAGGUUUUCCCU